AUGUGGAAAAUAGCAAGUACAUAUACUAACGACGCUAUCGGUGAACUCCCGUUGAUUCCGGGAAUGCCUGUAAUGAUAACAGAAAAUGUCGCGACCUCUUGUAAAAUUGUGAAUGGAAGCAAAGGAAUAUUACAAUCUGUGACUUACGAAGUUAUCAAUGGAAACUGGUAUGCGGCAUGCGCAUUGGUUAAUAUACCUGAGAGUGCGAUGCAUAUACCAGGUCUUGAAAGCGGAGUAGUGCCUAUUUUACCUGUCAUAACUAGUUAUAAGUAUUCGACGGGUGUGAAAACGAUUAACAUUCGACGUACGCAAUUACCCAUCUUACCUGCGUGGGCUUUCACAGAUUAUAAGGUACAAGGAAGCUCCCUACCAAAAGUGAUUUUUGAUUUGACAUGCGCACGUUCUCUGCAAAGCAUUUAUGUAAUGUUGUCGCGAGCACCUAGAUUGAGCAACAUAGCAAUCCUUAGAUGGUUUUCGUCAAAGACUUUAAAUGCUGACUUACAAGGUGAUGCACGGGAAGAAUUAAACCGAUUAAGUGUAAUUGCAGCGGAUACACGAGACAAGUUCAAAAUGCAUCAUAACUAA